UGUGUCAUUUUUUAAAUGUUUUUGUAUUGUUUAGAUUACAUUAGGGCUGGAUAUCAAACCUAAAUACUGUUAGUGUUUGAAUUGUGAAUUGAAUUGAAGUGCUGUAAUGGUUUAUCAAGUACCGAAAAAUAGCACUGAAUGCUUAGCCAGAUUCUCAGCCUUCAGAUAUUGUGUGAUUUGAAUUAUAAUUUUGUAAAUUUUAUAAUGUUUUUCAGUGUGUUAAACCAUUCAACUCUAAAGCAUUUCAGAAGUUUGGACUUUGUUGUUAAAUUAAAAAAAAUAUAUAUUUUAUGUUUCCAUAUCGUAAUAUAAGAUAUUUAGUAGGUAUUUUGGUACUGCUAUUCGAACUCAGGUAUCAAAUUGGUAACAGAUGUAAAGCAAAUCCAGCCCUAUUACAACAGCCAGAGUUCCUUGAGUACCAGUGUGUAGUACUAGUGUGUAGUACUGAGAGUAAACAUCUAAACACACCCUAGAAUCUUUGAUGUGGCAGGAAGAGGCCCAGUUUAUUUCAUAGAUUCCUGUGUAAUUUGAUUACUUGUAGGGCAGACCUCGAUCAUUUAUUACCUUAUUGUAUGUGCUCACUGACAAUAUUUCACUGACAUUAUAUAUUUUCAUUUCUUACCUAUUUGAAGGCACUUUUAAUCAAACCUCACAUAAUUGAACACCUAUAUAAACAUACAGCACUUUGUCCAGCAUAGUGGUAUUAUUAAAUAAUUGUUGUAACAUACAAUAAAGGUCGAUGCUACGUCAUGUAUCUCCUUUGCUAUCUUCCAAGCCUGUUGAGAAUAGUAUGUGCCUGUAACAGCAGCUGUGUGUCCAUGCUUGUUUUUUGGAAUCUGACUUCAGCACAGUGUCACUGUCAGUUCUAAAAAUAGCUGAAAGACAGGCAGCCUGUCCCAGUGACAUGGCAAAAGCGUUUGGCCAUGGUGCCGACUCCAUGUUGAUCUUACCAGCCGCUCAGCUACAAACUGCUUUUUUACUGGAAGGAUGAGCCAUUAUUUCCAUUCUCUGCUUCUGUGUUCAGCUUUGAACUCAGUUUUUGAGCAUCCCUGCUGAAAGACAAUUUGGCUUCCAUUUUAAACUGAAGUUGACCAUGGUGCGCAAUGUGGAUGACCUGGACUUCUGCCUGUCCUCCCAUCCUCAGAGCAUCCUAGAGGGAUUGCGCUCCCUCUGCUCUCACCCCAAACUGGUCGAUGUAACACUGAGCACUGGCGGUCGGGACUUCCCCUGUCACCGUGGCGUGUUGGCCCUCUGCAGCACGUACUUCCACAGCAUGUUCUCAGGGGACUUUGUGGAGAGCAUAGCUGCACGUGUGGAGCUUCACAAUGUCGAUCCUGAUAUACUCAGCUGCUUGCUGGACUUUGCCUACACAGGCAAACUGACCAUCAACCAGAGCAAUGUGGAGGGGCUGAUCUGCACCUCCAGCCAGCUGCAGUUCCAGACAGUGAGAGCCGUGUGCAGCCGAUACCUUCAGCACCAGAUUGAUGCAACCAACUGUCUGGGAAUCCUGGAGUUUGGGGCGAUCCAUGGCUGCCCUGAGGUGAUGGCCAAAGCGUGGGCCUUCCUCUUGGAGAACUUUGAGGCUGUGCAACUAGGUGAGGAGUUUCUACUGUUGGAAAAAGACAGGUUGGUUGCCUGCCUGUCCGACGAAGGACUACAAAUCCGGACAGAGUGCACCCGUGUGGAGGCCAUACUGAAAUGGGUCAGGCACCAGGAGUCUCGGCUCUGCCACCUCCCUGAACUCCUCACCUUGUCCCGUCUCCCUCUGCUCAGCCUGGACUACCUGGCUGACACCCUGCUGAAGGACAGUCUGGUGCAGGCCUCUCCCAGCUGCAGAGAGGCUGUUGAAAAAAUUCACAGAGAGAAAAUGGAUUUGGCACCAGAAAAUAUAGACAGACUGGACCCUCAGAGUCCACAACCAAACCUGCAAGAGGUGCUGGUGGUAAUGGGAGGUCGUUCACUGGAUGACUCAGAUGAUGAAGAUGACUCCGAUGAAGAGGACAGAGACCCAAGAGUGCAAAGACUGCUGCAUAGGAACUGUGCCUUUUACAACACAGUUACAAAACAGUGGCAUGAGCUCCCUAAUUUCCCCAACCCUAACAAGUGGGGUUACGCCAUGGUCUCCUUGAACAAUGAUGUGUAUGUCACAGGGGGCUCGCGAGGUUCAAAUACCAACACCUGGUCCACCACAGAGACCUGGAAGUACAUCACAAGAGAGGGGAGGUGGAUUACUGUGGCACCCAUGCUCCGGCCUCGGACUAACCACACGUCAGCAACGCUCAACGGGGAGAUUUACGUCAUUGGAGGUACAACGUCAAAUCGCGUUGAAGUUGAGCAUUAUGACCCUUACAGCGACACCUGGGCCUUGACGUGCCCCGCCCUAAAAUAUGUGACGAACUUCACAGCCACAGCGUGUCACGGGAAGCUCUAUGUGAUUGGCUCGUGUGCUAUGAAGUACAAUGCUUUGGCCAUGCAGUGUUACAACCCUGUUAUAGAUAGCUGGAUCAGCAUCUGUUCCCCGUUCCUCCCAAAGUAUUUGUCCUCUCCUCGGUCUGUCUGUGUGGAUGGAACUAUAUAUCUGCUUGCUGACAAUACUAAGAAAGUCUACUCUUAUGAUCCAGAUGCAAACAUGUGGCAGAAGGUCCAGCUUCUCCACAUGCUCCAUGAGAAUGGCGGCCUGGUAACGCUGGACGGGAAGCUGUAUGUCACUGGAGGCCAUUGGAAGGGUAUGGAGGGGGACUACGGUGUGGAAGUGGAGGUUUACAACCGAACAAGCAACACCUGGGAGGUGGAGUGCUUACUGCCGAGACUUUGGUUCUACAGCGGAGUCUGCACCAUCUUCCUUGAUCCGUCCCAGUGGCCUGAGCUUUUCCCCAUAGAUUUAACAUAAUGGCCUCUUGUGCUGAUGGGACUAAACUCGAGGUCAAAGAGUUCCCAGAGACAUGUUCCUAUAUCAUAUAAUGGCAUGUUUAUCCCAGGAUGGCAUUGUGCCCCAGAAUAGUGUGUCACAUGAUCCUCAGGUAUUCCUGCUUGUUUUUUAGGGCCUCAGCAGCUGUUUAUGUAUUCUUUGUAUCAUGUGUUUGAGAUCUGAAUUCCUUCUGCGUUAUUGAAUGGUACUUCUGAAUUAUUAAAUAUUUGCAGAGUA